AUCCGAGUCAUUUGCAUUACCACUAGUCUAGUGAUGUGCAUCCGAGUCAUGGAACAAAGCAAAAAAAGAUGUCCAAACUAGCAGAAGAUAAUUAACCUGCUCAUUUUUGUAUGUGCAGAAAAAUCAAAACACCGACCAAAAGCAAAAAAACCAAUAAAUAAGGGUGUAGGGAGUUGUUGAGUUGGGUCCGCGAAUCGUGGUUUCCCACUAGCAAGCGCAAGCGCAGGCGCAAACGCAAACGCCGCCGCCGGUAUGCCGGAGCACGGGUCGAAGCCCGACAUCUCCUUCGCCGGCCGCUUCACCGCAAGCGCCAUCGCUGCAUGCUUCGCUGAGGUGUGCACGAUCCCCCUGGAUACGGCCAAGGUGAGGCUUCAGCUGCAGAAGAACGUGGCCGCCGAUGCCGCCCCCAAGUACCGCGGCCUCCUCGGCACCGCCGCCACCAUCGCGCGCGAGGAAGGCGCCGCCGCUCUCUGGAAGGGCAUCGUCCCGGGACUCCACCGCCAGUGCAUCUACGGCGGCCUCCGCAUCGGCCUCUACGAGCCCGUGAAAUCCUUCUACGUUGGCAAAGACCAUGUCGGGGAUGUGCCUCUCACCAAGAAGAUCGCUGCCGGCUUCACCACUGGUGCCAUUGCGAUCAGUAUCGCCAACCCCACUGACCUUGUCAAGGUUAGGCUUCAGGCGGAGGGCAAGCUGGCGCCCGGCGCCCCGCGCCGAUAUGCUGGGGCCAUGGAUGCCUAUGCCAAGAUUGUUAGGCAGGAAGGGUUUGCUGCUUUGUGGACUGGCAUUGGACCCAAUGUUGCGCGCAAUGCCAUCAUCAAUGCUGCCGAGUUGGCCAGCUAUGAUCAAGUCAAGCAGACUAUUUUGAAGCUUCCUGGGUUCAAAGAUGAUGUGGUCACUCACCUCUUAUCUGGUCUGGGCGCGGGCUUCUUCGCUGUCUGUGUUGGUUCUCCAGUGGAUGUGGUCAAGUCAAGAAUGAUGGGUGACUCGGCCUACACAAGUACUAUUGAUUGUUUCGUGAAGACGCUGAAGAAUGAUGGACCUCUGGCAUUUUACAAAGGCUUCCUCCCAAACUUUGCUAGACUGGGAUCAUGGAAUGUGAUAAUGUUCUUGACACUGGAGCAGGUCCAGAAGCUGUUUGUGAGGAAACCUGGUAGUUGAAGAUUAUAACACAUGGUUUUUGCCAUCGUGGAAAAAGAGGAUGCGUACAUUUUUUUUUUCUUAAUCUUCUCUUACACAAGAAGCAACGGUUAACAUCCUCCCUGAGAAUUGGGGAACAAGGAAGAAACUUGAAUGCUCAAUUGUGAGAACGCUGUUGAGUAAUAAAUCUUAGCGGGCCUUUGCAUGACCCCUGACAGAAUUGGUGUAGUGCCUUUUUUUUGUGGAGAACCUCUCAAUUUGUGGAAAAUGAUGAAAGAUGAGCUGCAGAAUUGAGCUCGGUUGAGACUUUUUUUUUCUUUUCCGAUUGGAAUAUGGCCUGGUUGGUUCUCUGUUGUC